AUGUCCAACGCCGGAUCCUCCGCCUUCGAGGCCGCCAAGCGCCAAACGACCAACGCCUUCAACUCGGCCAAGGAAUCCCUCAGCGAAGCGCCCAACGCCAUGAAGACGGCGGCGGAAAACCCCUCCAAAGCCACCAACGAUCUGCUGCACGCGCCGGCCAUGCGCGCCGCCCUGCCCUUCAUCAACGGCGGGCUCGCAGGCAUGACGGCCACGACCGUCAUCCAGCCCAUCGACAUGAUCAAAGUGCGACUGCAGCUCGCCGGCGAAGGCGUCAAGACGGGCCCGAAGCCGACGCCGCUGUCGGUCACGCGCAGCAUUGUCGCGCAGGGCAAGCUGCUGGACCUGUACACGGGGCUGUCGGCGGGCCUGCUGCGGCAAGCCGUGUACACGACAGCGCGGCUCGGCUUCUUCGACACGUUCAUGAAGACGAUGACGGCGGGCGCCGAGCAGCGCAACGCCAAAAUCGGGUUCAAGGAGCGCGCGGGCGCGGGCCUCGCCGCCGGUGGCCUCGCUGCUAUGGUCGGCAACCCCGCCGACCUCGCCCUCAUCCGCAUGCAGAGCGACGGCCUCAAACCCCCCGCCGAGCGCGCCCACUACCGCUCCGUCAUCGACGCGCUGACGCGCAUCUCGCGCGCCGAGGGCGUAGCCGCCCUGUGGGCCGGCUGCGCCCCCACCGUCGUGCGCGCCAUGGCGCUCAAUUUUGGGCAGCUGGCCUUCUUCAGCGAGGCCAAGAACCGGCUGAAGGAGUCGUCGCUGUCGAGCCGCGAGCAGACGCUCACCGCUUCCGCCAUCGCCGGCUUCUUUGCUUCGUUCUUCUCGCUGCCGUUUGAUUUCGUCAAGACCCGCUUGCAGAAGCAGACGAGAGGCCCGGAUGGCAAGUUGCCGUAUACGGGCAUGGCGAACUGCUUUAGCAAGGUCGCGAGGGAGGAGGGCCUCUUGCGCUUCUAUCGCGGCUUUGGCACGUACUAUGUCCGCAUUGCGCCGCAUGCCAUGGUAACGCUCAUCGUGGCCGACUACCUCGGCUUCAUCACCAAAUAA